AUAAAAAUGUGAGUACCAAACUUUGUUUUGCUCCUGCUUUAUUUUUAAAUACGCACACUUGUAUGCUUGUGUGUUGUUGAUGAUGACGAUUACUGGUAAUAAAAUGUGAGUAAGGUACCGAACUCAGGUUUGCUCCCGCUUUAUUUUUAAAUACGCAUACGGUACUUGUAUGCGCCCUAUAAUCCAGUGCGCCUUAUGUGUGUGUUAAAUACAGUAAUGGCACACAUAACUGAGACUGCGCCUUUUAGUACAGUGCGUCUUAUGGUCGUGAAAAUACGGUAUCCCAGUAUUAAAAGGUUCACUUUGUAUUUGCAAAAAUAAUAAUGAUAAUAUAUAAGAUAAUUUAUAUAAUAAUAACGUAUCAAUAUUUAGUGUCCCUGUAUCGAUAAAGUAUUGCCUUACUCCUUUUAGAGAUGCACUUAUGUGUUGACUCAUGUACCUAUUUAGCUAGGUUGGUAUGAUACCUGGGAUGAGCUUCCAUGCUGUGUAGACGCAGGUAAUCAGCUGGUAGCUCAAUGGUGGCGUUCUCUGCCCUGUGUUAGUUAGUCUGGGUGAGUACCUGCUGUUAUGAGCACAUUUAUUUGUGCUGUUAGCAUCUUCAGAUAGUAGGUGUGGAUCACCUCAGGUCCAUAAUGUUGACUGCCUCUUUUUCUGGGAGGUUGCCGUGGUCUGCUGUCAGGUCCACAAGUCACUUAACGCUCAUGGUAUACAACAUCUCUUUCUCCCAGAUGUUCUUUCAGUAUUGUUCAGUUUUAGCUCUGGGUGCCCUCUUAUUAUUGUUCCCUUGUAGCUGAGAAUACACCUUGGACUGAUGUUUGGAGAAGAGGCAAUUUAUUCUCUUGGCCUCUGCUUGUCUCUUCAGCCUAGUGCCGAGAGGUGUGAGCUUUUGUUUCUAGAACCUUAGUUAUUUGCACCUUGUUGUAUAUCUUAUUCAUCCAGGACCUGUCGUUCAGUACUUCUGUUAGCUGACUAACCCCCUCUGGGCUUCCCUGAUUUUUGGCUUCCAACCUUCUUCUCCACAGGGGACUUUCUCUGCAUGUGUUCUUGAUCUCAUACCCAAGUGUUUCUAUUAUUUCUGUGGCAGUGGGAUAUAUGAGCUCAUUUUUUUUAGUAACACUGCUAGUGGGAAUGGUGAGCCGAGCUUUCUUGUCAUCUGCAAGCAUCACCUAUGAUGAGACUUGUUAGUGAGGGAGUCAUCAAGCGAGUAAUGAAUCCAAAUGUAAGAAAAAAAAAGGUUUGGCUCAAGUUCUUAUCAGUGUUUACCGAGUAGAUCAGGAAAACGAAAAGAACAUCUAAGAAGUGUCUUAGCAGAGCUUUAUUUUUCAGUAUUAGUGAAGCAGUGUAGGAACUUCUUGACAAUGAACAACACAAAAAGACAGACAACAUCCAAAGAAAAGCUUGAAGUGUCCUUCAAGAAGAACUAUUCCUGAAGACUACGAAAUGAUGCGAACGCUUGACUAACAGAGUUGAGAAUAAAGACCUCCCACAACAACAUGACCAGCAAGAGGGACUCAGAUCAACAGAAGACCUCCAACACCGUGAUGAUUAAGGAGGACCCAGAUCAGCAGGAAACCUCUGAUAACAACAUGAUGUUAAAGGAGGACCCAGACCUGCAAGUUUGUAACCAGGAGAGGAACUCCAGUCUGGAGAAGGAGAACCCAGAGCCUACACAGAUUAAAGAUGAACAGGAGGAACUCUGCAUCAGUGAGGAGGGAGAGCAGCUUGUAGUGAAGGAGGAGGUUGAUGGUAUCAUCGUUUGGACUGGUAAAGAACGGCUCAGUCUUCUGGAUAAAAUCUGGAAACCAAAAGAAAACUUGGACCUCCCACUACAACAUGACUGUAAGGAGGAAGAAGUACUCAUAGACCAGCAGGUCUGUAACCAGGAGAGGAGCUCCAGUCUGGACCAGGACUCAGAGCCCCCACAGAUUAAAGAUGAAAAGGAGGAGCUAUGCAUCAGUCAGGAGGGAGAGCAGCUUGCAGUGAAGCAGGAGGUUGAUACUUUUACGGUCACUCCAGGAGCAAACACUGACCUGCUCCUUUCUUGCAAGUCUUCUGAAACUGAAAGCCAAAAACAGGAAGAAAGCAAGCAUGUGCUCUCAGGAUUGAUUAUACAUUUUGAGCUGAAGAACACAUCACAACAGACAAAUAGAAGUCAGAGUAACACAGUAGACACCUCUCUCGAAUCAGAGAGUCAGGGUAAAACUGAUACAAACAAAAAGCCUAUAAAAUGUGACACUUGUGGAAAAACAUUUCGGUUUGACUGCCACUUAGCAAAACACGCUCGAGUUCACACGGGUGAGAAACCUUAUACUUGUAGCAGUUGUGGAAAAAGGUUCACUCAGAUGGUAAACUUGAAAAUUCACAUGAGACUCCAUACGGGUGAGAAGCCAUAUACUUGUAACACCUGUGGGAAAAAGUUUACUUUCUUAUCACCUUUCAAAAUUCAUGUUAAACAUCAUGCAGGUGACAGGCCAUUUCCUUGUAGCAUCUGUGGAAAAAGAUUUGUUAUAAAGGCGGGACUGGAAAGUCACAUGAAAAGUCACACAGGUGAGAAGGCGUAUCCAUGUAGCACCUGUGGGAAAAGAUUCUCACUGAAGUCAGGAUUGGACAGUCACAUGACAAUCCACACAGGUGAGAAGCCUUUUUCCUGUAGCACCUGUGGGAGAAGAUUCAGAAAAAAAUCAAUAUUGGAAGGCCAUUUAAGAACGCACACCGGUGAGAAACCUUUCCCCUGUACCUACUGUGGGAAUGUAUUCAGUCGGAGGGUAAACUUGAAAACACACAUGAGAAAACAUACAGGUGAGAAGCCGUAUUCUUGUAGUGAGUGUGGGAAAAGAUUUAGUAGCUUUUCAGGAUUCAAAAAUCAUAUGAGAAUCCACUCAGGUGAAAAACCAUAUUCUUGCAGCACCUGUGGCAAAAGAUUCACUCAGCGAUCAGGACUGGAAACACACAUGAGAAUUCACACGGGUGAGAGGCCACAUACUUGUGGAACUUGUGGCAAAAACUUCAGUGAUUCAUCAGCAAUCAGAAAACAUGUGAGAGUCCACAUAGGUGAGAAACCACAUACUUGUGGUGCCUGUGGAAAAAGUUUCAGUGAUGAGUUGAAAUUCAAAAGUCAUCUCAAAGUUCACACAGGAGAGAACUUACGUUUCUGUAGUGUCUGUGGAAGAGGAUUCACUCAGGUGAAUCACUUGACAAGACAUAUGAGAACUCACACAGGUGAGAAGCCAUAUUCUUGUAGCACCUGUGGGAAAGGAUUUGGUGACUUAUCAGGGUUGAAAAGACACAUGAGAAUCCAUACAGGUGAAAGACCAUAUUCCUGUAGCACCUGUGGGAAGACUUUUAGUGACUUAACAGGAUUCAAAACUCACACAAGACUUCACACGGGUGAAAAGCCAUAUUCCUGUAGUGUGUGUGAGAAAAGUUUUAUUCAGAUGAUACACUUAAAAAAUCAUAUGAGAAGGCAUACAGGUGAAAGGCCACACUCUUGUAGCAUCUGUGACAAAAGAUUCAGUUAUGCCACAAACCUGAAAAAUCACAUGAAAAGUCACACUAGUUAAGUGUCCCACUCACUUAAAAAGCUGAUCUCAUAUGCAUUUUAUUUCCAUAACAUUAACGAACUGUACCGAUCAUGUAUUCAAUUUGCUGUCCUAUUCUUAUGAUGAAUGGCAGCAGUGUCUACCUGUCCUGUAUCACUACACUUGCUGUUUUUCGGAUAAUCAAUAAUUAUCUUGUGGGGCAUAAGUUUGACACCCCUGAUGUAGCGGAAACCCUGAUUUUAUAUUUGUCUGAAUUUAUUUUUGUUGUUUUGUUUUAGGCUGUAGACAUGACAAACAUAAGUUGUAGAUGUAGGUUGUGUUUUAAGAAAUACCUUUCUUAUAGAAAAUCAAGGAUAGAUGAACUUCAUGCUUUUUAUGGAAAACUUUUAAUUCAGUUGUUCAGAGUUUAGCAAGAAAGUGCCACACAUAGGACAGAAAUACGUCAUUAUGGACUUGACGAGCUAUUCAUAUUAAUGAAAAUUAACCUUCAGUGUGUGUUGAAUGGUUAUGAGUUUUAUGCAGUUCAAGUAAAGUUUUAAAAGUAAUCCUUAUAUAUUUUUCUGAGUAGUAAUAUCUAAAAUAUAAAGGAAACAUAAAUUCUGCCUUAUUUCACACAUUUUUCUUGGUUACUGAUAUUUUUUAUAUAAAUGUAGAAGCAGAUUUUUUUUUCUUUUUUGUACUAUUUGAAUAAACAUGUCCUCGUCUGUGUUAUAGUUCUUGUUUAGCAGCAGGUUCACAGUUCAAACUGCAUGAAAAUUUUAUCAAUUUUGGUGAUCAUGUCAACAAUUAUUUGUAUUGAAUUUGAUGUGAACUCAGUAACAUAGGGUUUGACCUGCUUGAUAUGAAAUAUAUUUACUCUAUUGGUUUAAUGUGCAGUCUAAUGAGAGGGAUGCAUCGAAGUAACCAACUGAAAUGAUUAGAAGCAAACCUUUUGUGCAAAUGUGGAUUUAAUAUUUUUUUCAACAAGAUGGGAAAAGUGUUUUUACCAUAGAUCAAAUUUUAUAAUGGUAUUUUGGUUACAGGAAACUUGUUACACUGCAGGAGCUUUGCAUGAGUCACGGUCAGAAUGAACCUGAUAUACUGUAUACUGCACCUUGGUGCAGCCCCACAGUUCAUCCUCCAUCUGAAACGAGGAAUUUUACUGAAUUUUACUGUUUUGUCAAACUUCGCACAUCUGUUGCAAAACAAAAUAAACCAUUAAAACCA